AUGAGGCUUCAUCUUCUCCUGCUGCAUCUGCUUCUUCUGCUAUGCUCUCCUUUUCCCCGUAUCAGGGCUCAGUCCAGCGAAGCUAGGUCCCUUGACGUAAUUCUUCAAGAAUAUGCCUUCAGGGCUUUGGUCAAACCCAAAACAGGUACCAUAUACAAUGCAACAUCUCACCUUCCUUCCAAUUUCACUGGGGUUAAGAUUGCUGCAUUGAGAUUACGGAGUGGCAGUUUGAGGAGAAGAGGGGUUGUUCCAAGUUAUAACGAGUUUGAGAUUCCCAUAGGGGUCAUUGAGAAACCGUAUGUGAAGAGACUGGUUUUGGUUUACCAAAAUUUGGGUAAUUGGUCCAACAGGUAUUACCCUUUGCCCAAUUACACUUACCUGGCUCCUGUUCUAGGACUCUUGGCUUACAAUGGCUCCAAUUUGUCAGCUACUGAUUUACCGACCCUCAAUGUUAAUGCCUCUGCUGAGCCUAUCAAGGUCAAGUUUCUGGAUGUCAGAGAUCCUCCUCUGGGUGCUGUGGUAAGAUGUGUUUGGUUUGAUUUGCAGGGUUCAUCCAAUUUCAGCAAUGUAACAGGAGGCAACACUUGCUCUACCUCCACUCAAGGCCAUUUAUCUAUCGUCGCUGAGACUUCUGUUCUUCCACCACCGCCACCAUCAUUGCCACCACCAGUAUCUCCUGCUCCUUCUCCACCAUCACCACCACCAGUUGUUCCAAAGGAGAGCAAGAGUAGCAAGAAGGUUGGGGUUAUUGUGGGGUCUGUCUUGGGUGGAAUUGUGUUUUUGGUGUUGCUGUGUUUGCUGGUUUUGUGGGUGCUAAAGUACAAACAAACCAAGAAAAUACAACAGAUGGAAAGGGCUGCAGAUGCAGGAGAAGCCCUUCAUAUAGCCACUGUUGGGGAUACAAAAGCGCCUGCUGCCACGGUUACUCGAACGCAGCCUACCCUUGAGCAUGAAUAUGUACCCUGA